UCAACUUUUGCUUGGUUUCCUGACACGUUUUUGAAAUACUAUUUAUGAAUUUAAAGCAAAUUAGACCAAAUAGUAAGGCGGUAUCAAAAUUAUGCUUAGUAUUACUGACACCUUAGUCCACGUCACCCGGUCCGAUACAGUAGGUGGCGGUGUGCGUCUUUGAAGUCAUGGUUUCAACUCACCAUUAAACCAAAGAAGAAGACGAAGUGCCUAUCUGUGGAAAAACAUGGCGGCACGUGUAGGUUGUGAGCAUUACACACGAAACUGUUUACUCAAAGCACCUUGCUGUGGCAAACUGUAUGUGUGUCGGCUGUGCCAUGAUGCAGAGGAGAGUCAUCAGAUGGAUCGGUUUAAAGUGGAAGAGGUGCAGUGUUCGGAGUGUCAAACAUUACAACAGGCACAACAGGCUUGCCAGCAGUGUCAUGUCCAGUUUGGGGAGUAUUACUGUGACAUUUGCCACUUGUUUGACAAGGAUAAAAAGCAGUACCACUGUCAUCCUUGUGGGAUAUGUAGGAUUGGGCCCCGAGAGAAGUAUUUCCACUGUAGCAAGUGCAAUUUAUGUUUAGCGCAGGACCUGCAGGGAAACCACAAGUGUGUCGAGAAUGUUUCCAGGCAGAACUGCCCAGUGUGUAUGGAGGAUAUCCACACAUCUCGAAUUGGAGCACACGUUCUUCCAUGUGGUCAUCUUCUCCAUAAGACCUGUUUUGAUGACAUGGUCAGGACUAGUGCAUAUCGCUGCCCCCUCUGUAUGCACUCUGCCUGGGACAUGGAGUACCACUGGGAUCAAAUAGACAAAGAGAUUGCCCAAUCACCGAUGCCCACUGAAUACCAGGACACCACUGUCAAGAUUAUGUGCAACGACUGUCAAGCUCACUGCACAGUACUUUUCCACGUCUUGGGGAUGAAGUGCAGCGGCUGUGGCUCGUAUAACACAGCACAGGACGGAGGUCUCAUCCAGCGGCCCCAACAGCCGCAUCCAGAGCUGAACGAUAAUGAGCUUGAGGCAAACGCAGAGCCAGGGCAGCACGAUGAACUGGAGUAAGCGAUGCAACA